AACACAAAUCAACAUAACUUCUUUAACAAAACUGAACGUAAUUGUUUUGUUAGGACCGAUCGGAGGGUUUGGGGUUUUACUAUUUAAAGGUUUUAAAGACAAAGACAUUUUCUGCGGUAGGAUUUAACUUUGAGCUAUUCUUCAAUCAACAUUGGUUAACUAUAUUGUUAAUUGUUAACACUCGUUUACUAAGGACAUAUAUUUUAUUAUUUCAACCAAAAGCCCUGUUAGAAUAAGGUAAGAAUUAUGGAAGAGAUUAAAUUACUGAGAGAGAAACACAAGUUGCCCAGUGCUUCCGAUUUAAAGAAUAAAGUUCAAGAAAGUUUAAUAUUUAUGAAGAAUACUGAAGAAAAACAAGCACACAAACUCGCAGAAGACGAAUUAGGAAUUCAAAUGCUAACAUCCAAACUUUCAUCUUUAAUGGAGGAGCUCAGCAGAGAGAGAAACAUUUUGUUAGAAAAAGACAACACUUUAAAGAAAUACAAAGAAGAAUUGGAAAGCCUUGAUUCUGAGGUAAAAGCAGUAGCUGCAGAACUGCAACAAUUACAGAUGAAAAAGGACAAUCUCAAAAUGAUAAAGCCCAACGCAAAGGAUCAACGUGUGAUAGAUCAAGGAUUGAGAAAAUUCAACCUACUGAAAGAAAUUACUGGCAUUCGCUGGAAUUUUGAAGCCUUGGAAGAAUGUACUAAAGGAUAUGUUACCAAUAAACAAGAUUACAUCCAGCCUUUCUGCUACGACUCGAAAACUGCGAGUGGCCAAGAUCUAAGCAAUUUAUUGUGGAAGGACAUUCAAGCAUCCACAAAUAGGUCGAAUCUAGAUAAAGAAGCGAGUAAAGAAAAUCAGGUGCAGAAUUAAAUCUAUUUAUAUUUAUUAUACAAUAUAAAAUUGACAAAAAAUGCACUAUGCAUUGCUUAAAAAUUGUUAUUUUUUAUAUAUGUACAUUAAUUCGAUUUUUUCCGUGUCAUCUAAAUUAUGUAAAAUCAAAUUUUAAUGGAUUAAAAUGCUUCUAAAAAUUAGUAUUUACAACCACAAUUAUCCUGCGAAAACCAUUCCGCAAUACAAACAAUUAUUACACAUCGUAAAUUUUCCUUAAACUUACAAAAGGGAAAAAAUCAUGUUUUUACUUAAUAUUUUUCUUAUUGGUAACGAUUUUUGAAUUGGUGAAAAUGGUUGUAAAAGUUGGUAGUUAUUAGGUAAAGUAUAAUAUUAAUAAGGAGAUUAUUC